AUGGUCCCGCUGCUGGCGACCGACGACACCGCUGUCGCAGCGGAGAUCAAUGCCCUGGCGGCCAGCAUGCCCGGCGGGGCCAGUCGGGACAUGGACGAGCUGCUGUACGACCUGGGAACUCUGGCGGCGGCACCACCGCCGGCCGGCCCUGCUGCUGCUGAUGGUGAUGACGACAGGAUAGGCGCCACAACCGCGAUGGGGGCAAUGGGUGCUUGCGCGGACGCGAAGGUACUGGAGGUGCUCGUACCGCACCUCCUGAGUUAUGUGGAGGCCAUGGGUUUGUCCGCUACUGCAGCAAGCAUUCGUACGGGACUGACGCCGCCACCGCUGCCGUUGACGCCAACGCCGCUUUCCCGGCUACAGCCUCAGCGUAAGGAACAGCAGCAGCAGCAGCAGCAGCUAAGGGGAGUACUUCAUGUUGCGGCGGUGGGCCAGGAGGCGGCGGGGGUCGCCAAUGAUGAGCGCGACGGCGACGACGACGACCGCCGUCGCGAGGGGGCCGCCGGCUGCCAGUACGGUGGGAGAGGUGGCAAAAUGCAGCUCGAGGGAGGCAGUGGCGGCAGUGGCGGCGGCGGCGGCCUGCGGCUCUCCGCAAUUAUGGCCGCCGUGUUGCAGGUGCUGGGGCUGCAGGCCGUGUCCACCUCGGCAGCGGCGUCGUACGAGGUGUUCUUGAGAGCUUGGAACGUGACGCAAGGGCACACAAUGUGA